AUGCAGGAUCCAAAGAAUAGAGCAGAAUAUGAACGCGAAAUCGCCAAAUACGAAGCCCAAGUAGCCGCUGAAAACGCCGGGAAGGAUCCAUUCGCCCAGCAAAAGGCUGAAACUCAGAAAAGCAAGAAAGAAAAGGAGAAAAUCGUCGAACAGCCCGUUGCGAAGAGCAAAUCAGUCAUCAAAGGAUUGGUUCAAAAAGACACCCUAAAAAGUUCCCCUGGAAAACCGUCGCUUUUUUACCUUUAUAAAAGGAAAUCGUCGCCGACUCCAAAAUUCAAGCGCUGCUUCGUCUGA